AUGUUAAACAAGAAGGCAUCCUUGUUAGCUCUAAAAGGCCCACCCCCAUGUCCUGAGACAAGACAUGAUCAGCAGCAUCUCCUUCUCUUCUCUCUUUCUCCCCUCCCUACCCUCGGCAGGAGGGACUUCUACAAGAUCCUGGGGGUGUCCCGCGGUGCCUCCAUCAAGGACAUCAAGAAGGCCUACCGGAAACUGGCGCUGCAGCUCCAUCCCGACAGGAACCCCGACGACCCUCGGGCUCAGGAGAAGUUCCAGGACCUGGGGGCUGCCUACGAGGUGCUGUCAGAUGAGGAGAAGAGGAAGCAGUAUGAUGCGUAUGGUGAGGAGGGGUUGAAGGAUGGGCACCAGAGCUCCCAUGGAGACAUCUUCUCACACUUCUUCGGGGACUUUGGGUUCAUGUUUGGAGGUAACCCUCGCCAACAAGACAGAAACAUACCCCGGGGAAGUGACAUCAUCGUAGACCUAGAGGUUACACUGGAGGAAGUGUAUUCAGGAAACUUUGUAGAGGUUGUCAGGAACAAGCCAGUGGCAAGACAGGCACCUGGAAAACGGAAAUGCAAUUGCCGACAGGAGAUGAGGACCACCCAGUUGGGACCUGGACGUUUCCAGAUGACUCAAGAAGUUGUUUGUGAUGAAUGUCCAAAUGUCAAGCUUGUGAAUGAGGAGCGGACACUAGAAGUGGAGAUAGAGCCAGGUGUGAGGGAUGGUAUGGAGUAUCCCUUCAUUGGUGAAGGUGAACCCCAUGUGGAUGGGGAGCCAGGUGAUUUGCGCUUCCGAAUAAAAGUUCUUAAGCACCCAGUCUUUGAAAGAAGAGGAGAUGACUUGUACACAAAUGUGACAAUCUCGCUGGUCGAGGCACUUACAGGCUUUGAAAUGGAUAUCGCCCACUUGGAUGGGCACAAGGUUCAUGUUGCUCGUGAUAAAAUUACGAAACCCGGGGCCAAACUGUGGAAGAAAGGAGAAGGUCUUCCAAAUUUUGAUAACAAUAAUAUCAAAGGCUCACUAAUAAUAACAUUUGAUGUGGAGUUCCCCAAAGAGCAACUGACAAAUGAACAGCGGGAAGGUCUCAAACAGCUGUUGAAACAAGGAUCUGUGCAGAAGGUGUACAAUGGAUUGCAGGGAUAUUGAUGUGUGGAAAAAUUGGACUUAACUGAAAAUGAAAAGUCAGAUUUGUUUGCAGUCUUUUCUCCUGCCCACUGUAGAAUGGAAAAGAGGGAGGGUGGGGCAAUUGUUGAGGUCUAUAUAAUUUUUUUCUUUGUAAAUGGUGGAAGUGUUCAGACGAGUUGGGGAAAAUACUACCCUUUUCAGGACAUAACUGGUGCUGCCUAUUAUGUUCCACGUCCUGGAACAACAAAGACUCCUUAAGCAGGAAAAAAAGGUGGGGAAAGGCGUCUUAAAUUCCAUGCAGAUUGGAAUUUCUGGUUUUUAAAUAUAUUUUGAUGUGACUUUUCUUGACCAUCUCAACAUAUUUUCAUAGCUUCUCCUGCUUUUUAUGUCCUUUGUGUCAGUCUCUUCCAAGUUUCUGUUGUUUGGGGUUUUUUUUAUUUCCAUCCCAUCCUCCCCUUUCCCCUCUGAGCCCAGAGUCUGCGUUUCUGGGGCAGGAGUACAGGUGCUGUUGGGAGUGGACUGGCAGGAGAGCCUUUAUGGUCCCCACAUAUGGUGGAAAAGCAGGGGAAAAGAGUCUCGUAAGGCUCCUGUGGACUCUCUUUUAACUACCAGGUAAUCCUCUUGUCCCAAAAGUUAAUGCUUGGUUUAAAAUUUGAAGUCACAACAGCUUAACAAAGACUCUGCAGACUUUCAUGGUGGGAUUUUGGAAAAUAAUGGGAAUGGCUCCUUGUGGCCUUGGUUCUUCCUCAUUGCCCCUAAAUGUAACCAACAACUUGUCUGGAAGAGUUCACUUACCUCCUGCACUCUGUCCUCUGUGAGGACGGGUGAAGCUAGCAGCACAGAAAUAAAGGUGGUGUGAGUUGGAAUGGCAAAAACUGCCUGGUUAUGUAUUUCAGCAGCCCUUUCCCUGGGACAGCUGCAAGUCACUGGUCUAACGAAUCGUCCCUUCAGUGAUCUAAGCUGUGAGCUGCUGUAAAGGGUAAAACCACAGCUGCAAAUACCAGCAAAAACUCUGCAGCUGCUUUGUUUGAACUGAGGGCCUGGUGACCUGGCAGGGGAGGUACCUGGUGCUCCUCUGGUCUCUGUGAAGACCCAGCUGCUUUAAGCAUCCCCAUCAGAAACUCAUCUCCACGCAUUCUUCAGGAGUGGUAGCUAAACAAUCCCUUAGAGGUGCCUGUGUCAGUCAGACUUGUGCUUCACAGUGAGAGUGAUGUAGGUAGCAAGAAGUCAGUUGUUUGUGUAGGAUGUUCUGCUCCUUCCUUCUGGGCUCUUAGGGACUAAUAAAGUGGGAUCCUUUCAACUCCUGCCUUAUACCUCAUCCUCUGCCUGGGAAGUGGAUGGGAUCUGUUUUUUCCUACACAGAAAUGUUUGCUGGGGAGCAGCAGCAGGAGAUUCAGGGGGGUAGGGGUGUUUGGUUGGUUUUUGUUGUUUGUUUUUUCUUCAUUACUUUAGCUGGAUAGGUAGAGAGCAGCUCUGGCCCAGCCCUUGUGUGCUGCCCUUGGUCUAGCAGCCAACCCUUAAACUCCAGUGGGAGCUGACACGGUGGAAGCAGCAGCACUGGGGAUGCUUCCUGUUGGACCCUUUGUACAUUUGCCUUGGCAGAUCAAAGCAGGGGCUUCAGGAACAGCUGGGGGGCGGACACAAGACAAACCUGAGAUGCCAAACCCUUGGUCUCAAUGCUUGUCUACCUCAAAAUCUGUAAAUGUAAACUGUUAAUCCCAGCUGAGGUUGCCACUUCCAAGUGUCUGCCCGUUUGAUGACUGCCUCUUUGCAGAUGUCAGUAGACAGCUCUGUCCCUGCUUUCCCCUUUGCUUAGAUUUUUAAGAAAUCCUGGAUUUCAAAGAAACACUCCUUCUAGUAUCCCUGUGUAUGGGGUUGGUUCCUGCUAUCUGAGUCCCUCAAAGGUCUGUCUGGUUGCUGCCUCCCUAUUCCACCUGCACACAACCGUGCUGCCAGUGCUUGCCUGUAGCAAUAAAGCCAAAAAGCCACGACUCCACACCAAAGUCUCAACUUCUCUGCAGGAGAAGGUGGUGUAACCUUUCCUACCUGCACCCCUACCAGCAGGCAUUGUAUUUAUUUCAGACACUAGUUCCUGCUGCUGCUUUUCCUCUCCCUGCCUAAUCCUUUUCCUUCCUGUCAUUUGGUUAGUUGUUUUUCAUUGUUGGUCAGUACUACUGAGAGGCUGGUGCUAUGUACAACAGCAACAAUAGCUGCAAAGCCCCAGCUCUUACAUGCACGAGAAGAAACACACAGAAAAGAAAGCUCUGAAUCUUACCAAGCAACCCUGCUUCCUUCCAUCUUGCUUUUCCCCCCAUUGCUGUGGGGUGUGUGUAGAGCUGGGGUCUGCUGCCUUUCCCCCCUACAGACGAGGCUUUCAGGGUUACCCUGCGGACAGCAGCAUACCCUAGUGCUCACUAGGGUCUGGAUCAAAUAUUUGCACUUAUUUUGGUCUGUGAAGAAAGUUGUGCUGCUUCUAGGAUCAUGGCGGGAGGUAUUUGUCCUCCAAGGGCCACAGGGUGUCUGGCCAGAGGGAUGUGGAAGCUCUUCAGUGUCUGUGACAUCCUGUGUCCAUAUUUCAGUAACAUUUAGCUGGUGUGAGUGAGCCAGAGGAGUCCAUGCACACUGUAUCUCCUAUAAAUGCUUCUUAGGGGGCUCAGAUCUUCACAUUGCUUCUUGGUUGGGGACCAAGCAAGGAUCCUGAUGGUGGGAACCUCUGAGCUGGAAAUCCUGUAAUGCAUAGCCCCUUCUAAGCAAUGCUGUUGCUCCUAAAUUGGAUAAAAGAAAAAAAACAACCCACCUAGUUUCCUAGUUGGCCUUUACCCUAAAUUCUUGCAAAAGUCAAGGAUUGUGGAGGGUUUAGAUAUAGGCAUGUUGUUCUUCUAGCAAAGCACUUAUCCUUGAAAUGUAUUUCUAGAAGUCCUUGCUGUUUUAGAAGGGGGGGUUUGUUUAAACAAGCACAUAGUCCUUGCCUGGCUAAGGGGAUCCUGAUUUAUUUCCAAAGCGCAUGGUUUUGAUCACCUCCACAAGUCGUGUGUGUUCCUCUAGGGCCUCAUCACAGGCUUGUUUUAAUAUCUCAUUGCCUCUGUUAGUGCUACAUUAUCCCCCCAUCCCAGGAGAGCUGAAGGAGCAGGUGGGGUGAGGACUUCCUAGCAGGUUGGGAGUGAAAACAGGGUUCAGAUCUGCUUUUCCAGAAAGCAGCGUGCCCUGGCAGCCUUGGCCCACUUCUGUCCCUCUGCAGUCUGGGCUUGCUGCAUCUAAAAACCCUACUGCCAAUCCCAGAGCAGAUGUUGAAGUUUGGGGCUGCACACAGGAGCUUCAGCAUUAGCGACGUGGGUCCUGAGAGCAGUCUGGCCCAAGGGGGGGUUGGUUUGUUCCCGGUGGCUUCAGCCAUGCAGAGGGCUGUUGCUGUCGUCUUUUCUUGUCACAGCCAUGCUUUGGCAGAGCAUCCCCUCCUCCCCGUGUCCAGGCGGGGGGUGAAAGUGUUUCCAAACAGUGUUUUCUAUUCCAUGGAAACUUCUGCAAGUACAGUGCGGGCAGCCUUGGUUGUUUUUUCUCCAAAGAGCUUGUUAUUUUAAAGUACUUAUCUAUAUCUAAACUUUUCUGCUUCCAAGAGACAGGCAGUGGAGAUAGGAGGGCAGAAGUGACUGGUUCCAGGAGAAAAUGGCUCUGAAAACACACAGAUCUGCAGCGUUCCUGAAUACAUCUGUUCAAAUGAGGCCUGAAAUGAAGGUGAAGCAAUGAUUCCUUAGAAUCUUUAAUGAGAUUUGUAGAUAGCCAAGCAAAGAAAUUAACAGUCAGAAUC